AUGGGCAGCGAGUUGAUCAGGACGCAGAGGCGGCACAUGACGGAGGACUUCUUCGAGGCCAUCACGCACGAGUCCGCCAGGGGAGGCCUCGUGAAGCAGAGCCGCAUCGCCGGCGAGGAUCUGGCGCCGGCGCAGGCGCUGGAGGAGCACCGCGUUUUCCGGGAGGCCCGCGAACACCUGGGGAUGACGGAGUCUCCUGUUUGGGAAACCGCGAUCCUCGCCGAGCUGGACGACAGCACGAGGAAGUGCGUGUCGCAGUCCAGAGAUUUGUUCAGGCGCAAGCUGCGCGUGGGCGACAUGCUGGUGGACAGGAACAGGUGCCAGGGCGUCAUCCAGCACCCAAACUCCCGGUGCCGGCUCGCCUGGGACCUCACCGGUUUCCUCUUCAUCAUCUACGACGUAAUCGUCAUCCCUCUCUAUGUCUUCGACUUGCCCGAGGAGAAUAGGUUCACCAUGGCGUUGACGUUGGUGUCGUCGUCCUGGUGGACCGCCGACAUUUUCGUCUCCUUCAUCACAGGCUACCACAUCGAUGGUUUCUUGGAGAUGAGACCUUCGAUGAUAGCAAGGCGGUAUUUGAGAUCAUGGUUCGGACCAGAUCUCACCAUCGUGCUCAUGGACUGGGCUUUUGUCAUUGUUGGCUUGGGCGAUGCUGCAGGCAUUCUGCGCAUACGCAGGUCGUUGCGGGCUCUCCGCAUCAUCCGGGCACUGAGGUUGGUCCGCCUCGUCAAGGUCACCGAGAUAUUUGCGAAGCUCACCGACGGGAUCAACUCGGAGUAUGGACUGAUACUGCUGAGCAUUAUGAAGCUCGUGAUGUCUGUUGUCAUCCUGAACCACUAUAUCGCGUGCGUGUGGUACGCCCUGAGCGGCGUCCAGGUCGGCGACUCGAGGCAGUGCUCGUGGGUGAGGAAAUACCACGUGGAGGACACCUCCAACAUCUACAAGUACCUCACAAGUUUGCACUGGUCGAUGACGCAGUUCAUGCCAGCUUCAAUGGAGGUGAAUCCAUGCACUGAGGUGGAGCGAGCCUUCACGGUUUGCAUCCUCGUGUUCGGUCUGGUGUCGUUCUCUUCGUUCGUCAGCAGCAUCACGACCGUGAUGGCCCAGCUCGCCAACAUCAGUAAAGACCGAACCAAGGCGGAAACGAACUUGCGACAGUACCUCAAGGAGAACCGGGUUUCGGUGGAUCUGGGGAUUCGCAUUCGCAAGUACUUCCGAGACAACUACGAAGCCCGCCGGAAGCGUGUCCACGAGCCCGACCUCAUCUUCUUCGGCAGUCUCCCCGAGGUCUUGAAGUUGGAGCUCCGCCGGGAAAUAUACAUGCCCGUCAUCACGUUGCACCCGCUGCUCGAGCAGUACGCCCACGCAGACACCGCAGGAAUCUGGCUGGUGUGCCACCUCGCAAUGUCGCAGCAGUCGUGGCUGCCAGGCCAGACGAUCUUUCUGCGAGGGGAGCGCGCCUCCGAGAUGCUGAUUGUGUUGUCGGGCGCGCUGGAGUACUCCUGUCACCUGAGCUCCUCGAUCGACGUGGAGAUGGACCAGUGGCUCUGCGAGGCCGUGCUCUGGAGCGAGAAGUGGCACUACUGCGGCCGUCUCGCCGCGAAGCAGAACUGCGAGAUCUACGGCCUCAGCGCCGCCAAGUUCCGCGCAGUGACCGGCCAGCGGCUGGCGUCGUUCCAGUACCUUCAGAAGUACGCCGGCAGGUUCAUGGCCUCUUUGAGGUCCGCCGAGAAGAUGGGCCUCGGCGCCACCGACCUCUGCGAGGACGCCUACGCCGUGAGCCAGAUGGUGAUGUCCGUGUUCGAGGACGUGGGCGGGACCCCCCCCGGCAGCCUGGCCGACGGCGAGGACGAGCCCUCGCAGGCCGCCGACCUCCCCACGCGCGGGUCGAGCGGCGACCUCGGCAUCAGCAGGCAGACGUCGGGCGAGCGGCGCUCGCAGGGCGCCCUGCCGGAGCGGGGCGACUCCCGCGCCGCCCUGGGCAUGGCGGAGAGGAGGGCGCCGCAGCGCGUGGUCGCCAACGAGGUCGAGAACGAGACCAGCAGUGUGAGGAGCGUGUAG